CUAUUUUAAUCAACCUGGAACCACAUGAUUUGAGGGUACUGCUUCAAAUGGAAUAACCCCCCAGAAUGCGGAGUUGUUUAUUAGGAUUGGAUUACAAAUUGCGAUCAAGUUUACAACGCCGGUGGGAAUGAUUUCUCAUCACGGCCUGUGUUCCGUCCGGGUCGGUGAGUUUGGGGCGUAAUAUCACCAGCUUCACCCAACUAUUUAAAAGCAGGUACCUAACUAGGACUUGUCUGUAAAACGGCUAUCUCUAUAGGUACAACACAUCUGUAGAUAUGCCACAAAAUAUCGUUCUCAUUUCAGGUGCGAACCGCGGUCUAGGCGAGGGUCUGGCCAAGCGGUUCCUAGCGAAGCCGAACCACACCGUCGUCGCCGCCAACCGGGACCCUUCGCACCCGACAUCGAGGGCGCUCGCGGACCUGCCCCGGGCAGAGGGCAGCAGGCUGGUCGUCGUCAAGGUCGACGCCACCGUCGAGCGGGACGCCUUCGACGCUGUCGACACCCUCCGCGAGGAGCACGGCAUCGAUCACCUUGACAUCGUCAUCGCGAACGCGGGUGUCUCCUUCGUCUGGCCCGCUGUCAAGGAUGUCAAGAUCGACGAUAUCAGAGCGCAUGUCGAGCCUAAUGUCUACGGCGUCGUCGCCCUGUACCAAGCUACGCGCCCGUUGCUACAGUUAUCCCAGCGCGAGCCUAUCUUUACGCCCAUUGGGUCUUCAGCUGGGUUUAUAGGGAAGCAGCUUCCCAUCCCGAACGCGGCGUAUGGGCCAUCGAAGGCAGCCCUGCACUGGUUCACGGUACGCAUCAACGCCGAAGACGACUGGCUCAACGCCUUCGUCAUGGUGCCCGGAUGGGUUCAGACCGAGCUUGGGAACGCGGGCGCACGUCAAUUUGGGGUCGGCCAGGCCCCACUGGGAGUCGACGAGUCUUGCGACGGCAUGGUACAGAUACUUGCCGUAUCUACGAAAGAGAAGCACGGCGGGAAGGCGGUGUCGUACGAUGGGGAAAUCACUAGCGAGUGGUAGUCUGUAUUUGCUGCCAGAAAGCGCUGCCGCUGAGGGCUGUUUUGGUAUUGCUUCUGAACUAGGUUGUAGCUACAUCCUACGAUGCAAUAUGCUAUAGCCGUAUUUAUAAAUAGUUAGCUCCGGCAGUUUGAACCUCGUAUGUCGUCAUGAAUAGGUCGAAGCUAGGAUAAAGGCGGAAAGGUUGGAGAUAGUCGACGUGGUUUAAGCCUCUAGCUAGGAGACCUACCUUCUUGGUAAUGAAUGAAUCACCCACGUCUUCGACUCGGUUUCGAUAUUGAUCGUUAUGGUUUCUUGUGUGAUACCCUGCCGACUUCCAGCUUCUGAGGCCGCCCACUAGAAAAGCCGCGACGAUGUCCUUGCGGGGAAACGUGAGACUGAGGCCUCGGCCUCCGAUAUAAGCUUUGAUCGGCCGAGCUAUCCGAUUUUCGAAUGAAAAGCCACCCUUGGCCUUAGGUCAUCAUGGAAUACUUGUAAUAUUCCUUCUCGUGUUUGUGCUGUUGACAGUAGUUUACGAUGGGUUCUAUGUAUCAGAUAGAGCGUAAACUCCACAAUGGUAUGCCAAGUGAGUAUCCGAAUAAUAUGGAUCUAGACAUCACUUAAAAGCUUAGGUACCUUAUAGAGAAAACAAAAACUCUCCGGG